AUGACUGAAAAUUUACCGACGUUUAUAAAUUUAACUGAAUUCGCCACAAGUAACACUGGUGGACAAAUACUGUUCGCUACAGAUGAUUUCUUCGCCGUUGCCGAGAAUUUAAUCUCCGACGCGGAUCCGAUAUACAUAGCUGAUAAAUACACGGAGUACGGUAAAUGGAUGGACGGGUGGGAGACCAGACGGAAGAGGAUCCCGGGACACGACUGGUGCAUCAUCAAGCUUGCUGUGGCUUGUGUUAUCAAAGGCUUAUUGUUAGACACGGCUCACUUCACAGGCAACAAUGUACUGAAGUUUUCCAUUCAAGCGACUAUAUUGUCUUCUGAAGAAGAAUUGCAAAUCCCACCCAGAAACACGACAGUAGGAUCUGGUGCUAGUGCAGAAGAUUUAGAUAGAGUCGAAGAGAUUUUUUCUGAAAAAUGGAAAGAGAUUGUACCUGUCACUUCUCUUAGACCGGGGCUCGAAGUAACCCGGUAUAAUUACGUAAAGGUUUUUAGUGAUAAGCCGUGGACACAUAUCCGCUUAAACAUUUAUCCUGAUGGUGGAAUCGCCAGAUUGAGAGUGUACGGUGAAGCGAGUCCAGAAAAACCACCCGCACAUAAACUAACUGACUUGGUGUCAAUGUUGAACGGUGGAGUUAAUCAAGGCUAUUCCAAUGCACACUAUAGCCACCCUAGAAAUAUUUUGAAGCCAUUCAAAGGUGUCUCAAUGUCUGAUGGAUGGGAGACAGCCAGGAAUCAAAACAGACCAGCAAUUAUUGAACUGAACGAAGACGGGACGUUAAAUUUUAAUGUCAGUGAAUGGGCAAUAUUCAAGCUUGGUUUUCCUGGAUCAUUAAGACGGAUUUGCGUAGACACAUCGCAUUUCAAGGGAAACUAUCCAGGUGAUGUGAAAAUCGAAGGAGCAUAUUUGGAAAAAGAAAAUUGGUUUCCAGGAGACAAAGUGGGUUGGACUUCCGUUUUAAAACAGAAUCCGCUCGAGGGAGACAAGGAGCAUUGGUUUGAUUGUGAAUCUGAUGUCAUUACUCACAUCAAAGUAACAAUAUCUCCGGACGGCGGGAUCAGCAGACUACGAGCAUUUGGUUACAUUUCUCCAUUCUAA